AUGUUUGUUAGAAACAAGCAAUGUAAAUCAUCUCACAAGAUGAUGAUACGCCUAAAUAAUUUUUUGUAUGUUUUUAAUUUACGCCAGGGCACAAUACUUAUUGCCGUCCAUCAAAUCGCACUGUCGUCUUUCGUGCUGAUAAUAUUGUUAGUAGGUAUAUCUCAUGUUGGUGAAAUGCUAUCAAUGCUCCACAACGAUAUGGAAGACGAUGCCGAGAGACGGGGAUUCUACGAAAUUGCAUACGGAGAACAUUUAACAUUUCACGAGGGCGACGUAGUGAGCACAAAUAAUCAGCUUAGAUUCGCUAAAGCACAGCACCUAGCUUCAGUGACUGUUAUUUUUCUUUACACAAGCACUAUAUUGACUUCAAUAUAUCUCAUGUGCUGUAUUUCCCUUCUGCACGGAGCUGUAAAGUAUCAGAGGGAAUAUAUUCUGCCGUGGAUAAUGGCUGCCUGCGUAGCCGUUAUACUACUAGUUGUGGCUAUAAUCAUAGGAGAUGGUUAUCCUUGUAUCAUUAACCUGUUUGGAGGACAUAAUCUAUAUCAUUUCGGGUGCGCUCUAUUCGUCCUGACAUUCAUCUACGCUAUAUGCGCGGUUAGUAGCUUCGCCUUAGAGACAGGCAGAGGCCGUCAAAGCUGCGCUGACGAGCGCGGCGAAAGACUGUUGUUACUCGACCACGCAGCACACUCCAGCCUGCUGUCCGCAGCUCAACUUAACAAGCUUUCUACCACUAGAACUCACUUUGUGUAA